AUGCAGGGUGCCUCUCCCAAAGAACAAAUCCUCGAAGCAUGCCGUAGAGAUAAUAUCGAACUUUUCCAUGAGGUAGUGGAGGGUCUCAAAGACAAGAGCAAAGAGCAGAUAGCCGAAUUCUUCAACAAUGCCACAGACACAAUGGGCAACCAUCUACUGCACGUCUGUGCAAACUAUGGAGCAUACGACGUUAUGGACGAACUUUUGAACGUCGAAUUUCUUGAAUGUGACCCUCUAACACGACGAGACAAAGAAACUCCUAUACACUCUGCUGUCAAAUACGCCAACGAACGGGAAGCGGACCUGGGUGAGGCUAUGGCCAAGAUGUUGAUUGACGCUGGUGGCGAUCCCAGAGUCAAAGAUGGACAUGGAAGAAAGCCUGUCGAACUCUGUACUCCAAGAACGGAGCAACUACGGAGCAUUCUCAUCAAAGAAGAAUAUGUGCUCAAUGAAGGCUUGAAGAACGCCGAUGUCGUCCACGACGAUGAUGACAAUGGAGGCGCUAACUCGGCUUCCGAUUCUGAAUGA